GUACAGAGCCUUCAUUUUUAUUUUGACAUUUCUGCUGUAUGCAAGUUUUCACUUAUCUCGAAAGCCUAUCAGCAUAGUUAAGGUUAAUGUUAGAAACUUCAGCUUAUCCCUGCACAUGGUUCUCCUUGGCCGGGGAGUGUCCUGUGCUCCUGUCCUAGCCGUGGCUUUCUUCAGUGAGAGGUGAAUGGUGGCGAUGCUUCGGCCUUUGGGUGUGGCCAGAUUGGCUUCCGUGAGAGGCUGCAGGGAAAGGUGGGCAGAGACACCUGACUUCUGAAGGCACUGAGGAGGAAAGUGUCCAACAAGGCGGCAGGUGCAUGGAGAAAGGCCGCAGAUACCAGCUGGAUACAGAGAGGAAAGGCUGCAGGCACCCGGCCCGGGUCUCACGAUCACACUCACAGCCCCUCACAUCCACCUUGGGUGGAGAAUUUAAAACACAAGCAGGAAUGGCCAGGGGGCCCCGAGCAGUCAGGAAGCAAAUGAAAGCACUCUUCCCGACAUGCCAGGAGGUCAGCAUGGCGCCUCCAGGGAGGACCAGCUCUGCCAAGGGAGCUGCUGGGCAGAUGAUGACUUUGCAUUGUAAAGUAGAGCCCUUGGCUACUUUUUUGGGACAGUGUUUAAUUAUAGCAGAACAGCCCAGUGAUGACGACAGAGUCACAUGACAGUGGAGCAGCUGCAUCCCGUGUGCCAUGCCAGGACUCAGUGACGUGGCCCACAUGCUGCCAGCUAUAAAUCAGGGUGUGUAGCCUCGAUUCAAAAGCCCUGGCCUUUUGAAGGCGGCUAGCCUUGUUGGCCACUCCCUCCUGAAGAGAGGGGGACAGGACUUCCGACUGCGGCCUGCGUGGUCACUGGGGUGGCUCCCUGCCCAGCGUUCUGUGCCCUGACCUGGAGCCAGCUUUGUGCACUGCCCUCCAGACCCCUGGCCUCUCUCAGGUUCCAGCUCACGAGGACACCCCUCUGGUAUUAUGGGCACUGAGCGGGCACUCAGUCCCCCUAAGGGACACCCCUCUGACCACAAGGACCCCACUUUCCGCCAUCACUCACGCCUGAUGGGCCAGCUCCUUUGAGUCUUGACUAGUGCAGAGUGAUCACUACAGAGACCCCCAAGAAGAGAAGCAUGGGAGUGACAGAGGCCACCAGGGAGGGACACACAGUCACAGAGCACAUUCUGUCUUCCUCAGCUUACCCCACAACGAGACGGGCCCCUGCCACAUAUGGCGCUGUCUUGUAGGUGUUGUUCCUCUUCCCAAGGAGUGCACUGAGGGAAAGCCCACUCAGGCCCCUCUGCCUCCCGACAGACGAGCUUUCCUCUCUCCCCAGGGUUUGUUUCACAAGGGCCAUGCCAUCCUAAGCUCUGUGCAAAAGCCUGGAGUUCAGCGUCACAGGUCCCAGUGACUUCUGUAACUGGGCAGCAGCCUCGUCUGCAGAGGGGGAGACCGAGGCAGGGGCGGCAAGUAACAUGUUCACACAGCUGGUAACCAAACCCCAGGGCGACGGCUUUCCCUUCCUCCCGCCUCCCAGACAAGUGCCUCCAACCCUGGCCCUGCUUGCUGGUUCUGUGGCUAGUUUGGGGGGCGGGUGGUGCCCUGCCCCAGGGAUAUUUUUAAAUUGAAGUGUGAUUUACACUUAGUAAAGUAUACAGAUCUUCAGUGUCCAGCUUGGCAGAUCUGUACAUGCCCAUAGGGGUAGCCAUCCCCUAGGUUAAGGGACGGACCCUUUCUAGCUCCCAGACAGCUCCCCAUUCCCUGUCCCGCAUUGUCCCCCUUUAGGUAACCGUGACUGUCACCUCUAGCCGCGGGGAUUCGUUGUCCAUCCUUGGACUUCCUAUGAGUGGAAUGCUGCAGUCCGUACUCUUUCGUGUCUGGCUUCUGCUUCAUGUUAUGUUUGUGAGGUUCAUCCUCAUUGUUGCUUAGACCUGUGACUUGUUCUUUUUCAUUGGUGUGUAGCAUUCAGUUGUGUGAAUCUAGGAAAAUAUACCCCUUCUGCCUUAUGGACAGGUGGUCAAGGAUGACAGGCAGUCGGCUUUCAGCUUGGAGCUCUUAGGACUAAAACUGCUCCUGAGGCUUGUCUUCCAGUGGCAUAUGAAGAUGGCUUAUGUUCGUUGUGCGCUCAGGAGUGCGGUUGCUGGAGAGUCCUGCUGAAACGUCACCAGCAGGCAUUCUUGGUGAGCUCCACAAGUAUUGCACUGCUUGGGAUGAAGCUGACGGCAGAUUCAGCAGCCAGAGCAGCAAGUCUGGGUCCAUUGCCCCCCGCCAGCUCCCUGACAAUGAGACCGACUGUGGCUGGGCACCAUUUGAUAAGAACAACUAUCAGCAGCUGCUUGGGGCCCUGGACUACUCCUUCCUGUGCGCCUAUGCCGUGGGGAUGUACCUCAGUGGCAUAAUUGGGGAACGCCUGCCGAUUAGGUAUUACCUAACUUUCGGGAUGCUCGCCAGUGGAGCCUUCACCGCCCUGUUCGGCUUAGGGUAUUUCUACAACAUCCACAGUUUCGGAUUCUACGUGGUAACUCAGGUCAUCAACGGGCUGGUGCAGACCACCGGCUGGCCCAGCGUCGUCACCUGCCUCGGCAACUGGUUUGGAAAAGGAAGGAGAGGUUUGAUUAUGGGGGUCUGGAACUCCCACACCUCCGUAGGCAACAUCUUGGGGUCGUUGAUCGCUGGCUACUGGGUGUCCACGUGCUGGGGCCUGUCCUUCGUUGUGCCUGGGGCCAUCGUGGCAGCCAUGGGGAUAGUGUGCUUUCUCUUCCUCAUUGAACAUCCGAAGGACGUCAGGUGCUCCUCCACCCUGCUGACGCACUCAAAAGGCUCUGAGAAUGGUACAAACAGAUUGAGACUCCAGAAGCAAAUCUUGAAGACCGAAAAGAACAGGCCUCUGGACCCCGAGAUGCAGUGCCUGCUGCUCUCAGAUGGGAAGGGCUCCAUCCACCCGAACCAUGUCGUCAUUCUCCCCGGGGACAGCGGGAGUGGCACAGCCGCCAUCAGCUUCACAGGAGCCUUGAAAAUUCCAGGCGUGAUAGAGUUCUCGCUGUGUCUGCUGUUCGCCAAGCUGGUCAGCUAUACUUUCCUCUUCUGGCUGCCCCUGUACAUCACGAAUGUGGAUCACCUUGAUGCCAAGAAAGCUGGGGAGCUCUCCACCCUGUUUGACGUGGGCGGAAUCUUUGGUGGGAUCCUGGCAGGUGUGAUCUCAGACCGACUGGAGAAAAGGGCCUCCACCUGCGGCCUGAUGCUGCUGCUCGCAGCCCCCACGCUGUACAUCUUCUCCACCAUCAGCAAGAUGGGGCUCGAGGCCACCAUCGCCAUGCUGCUGCUCAGCGGAGCCCUGGUCAGUGGGCCCUACGCGCUCAUCACCACCGCUGUCUCUGCCGACCUGGGGACUCAUAAAAGUCUGAAAGGCAAUGCACAUGCCCUGUCCACCGUGACCGCCAUCAUCGACGGGACCGGCUCUGUAGGAGCAGCCCUGGGCCCCCUGCUGGCUGGGCUCCUCUCCCCGUCCGGCUGGAGCAAUGUGUUUUACAUGCUGAUGUUUGCAGAUGCCUGUGCCUUACUGUUCCUGAUCCGCCUCAUACACAAGGAGCUGAGCUGCCCAGGGUCAGCGACGGGGGACCAAGUUCCAUUUAAGGAACAGUGACGCCCCAUCCCCGGUCCCAUGGAGGGGGUCUGGGCCCACCCUUCACAACUGCCUUUCAAGGACAGUUUAGAUAAAGGGCCCAGCACAGAAAGAGUGACUUCCCUUUGCCUUUUGCACACGCACCUGGAAAAGACACAGAAGCCAACCUGAGAACUCCUGGUGCUAUUUUAAACGAGACGUAGAGCUGAACAGCAGUGAGAAGAGUCUGCAGGAACUGCUGCCUGAGCCGAGCCAGAGAACCGACGACCCGGCCAACCCUGGCCUUGAAGGCGUGUGCCCAUGCAACCACCUAAAUGCACGCGUGACAGCCAGGCCGGGUGGGUGUGGGGUGCACAGGUAGCCUCGACCCUCUCAGGCGUGUCAGCCAAAGAACAUCAAAGUGAGCGAGUGCCACGCUGGCUGUGGCUUCAGAGAACCUGAAUGUACCAUGUGGAAAAACAGGACACCAGAGCCCACCAGACAGCACCAGCCAGCAGAGAAGCAGAGAGCCAGCGCCACAUGACAGCAGGAAGGCCGACAACCUGAUCGGAAACAAAGACGGAGCUCAGACCUACAUCACCCCAGAGGCUUUUCUAGCACCCCUGAUGUUCCAGACUGACCUGAAAACUAAUUGUUGAGAAGCCAAGGGUGAGGAGGCAGGAAGCACCUCCACUUGGAGGCACCCAGGUGUGCCAGCCACAGAGCGCCCCAAAGUCAUCGUCAUCCCAGCCCCUGGCAUUCCUGCUGCCCUCCGAGGCCUCGGUGCUGCUGUUCAGCUCAGGGCACAGGGGCAUGGCAGAGGCCUGGGAAGCGGCCUCCCCACCGGCACUGGGAUUGGCGGGUCCAAGCCCAGCAACUGGCUUCACUCCACGACACACCACACCUGGGACUGUUUUUAAUACAUAGCAACAGAGUGGGUUAUUUAUUUAAGAUGUGUAUUGUGUCAUAUGAAGUUUAAGAAACAUAAAUGGCAUUUUGUUAUUUAUUAAGACAAACUCCAAUUGUUCUCUGGCCGUUUUUUUCAGUCGUGUCUAGCAAAAUACUUAUCUGCCCUUUGAAAUAAAAUGUUUUUGUUAAAAAAAUCUCAGAACA